AUGGCAUUAUCAACAAGAAAAAAGAAAAAUCCACGUAAUACUAUAAAGAGUAAAAUUCUAAAAACAAGGAAAAGGAAAAGAGACUACGAUCAAGUAUAUAAUGAUUACUUCAAUGAACCAGAACUUCCUUUGGAUGAAAAUAAAAAAGGAUGCGGACAAUUUAAAUGCUUCGCUUGUGAUAUUUAUUUUAUAAAUAACGACGCAAAAAUACAACAUGAAAAAUCAAAAAAACACAAAAGAAGAGUGAAACAAUUAAACCAAGAAAAAGCACAUACCUACAAGGACGCACUGAGGGCUGCAGAAAUAACCUUUUAA